GUCGAGAGUGCUAAUUUCGCAACCGAAGUCAAUCUUUUGACUAAUUCGUACUUGAAGUUCAAUGUCGUUAUCAACGGCUUUCGCGUCGUCGUCGUCGCCGCCGUCCUAGUCGCCUCCGUUGGUGUUUUGCUCGUGUGGUUGUGCUUUCAGUUAGAGCUACCCAUUAUCGACUGUGUUCGCGGUCCGGUUGAUGAGAAGCUGCUUUUUUCGGAGGAGAAUAGUAGCAACAGCAGCAGCGGCAGUAGCAGUAGUGGUGAUGUUUUAGUGCUACCAUUGAGAUGGAAAUGCAAAUAACAGCAGUCCGGAGAGGUUAACUGCCGCUAGACAGAAAAAGCGCGCAAUUUGGUGCAAUUAGGCGACUCGAAGUGAUGCAAUCUAACGCGGAUCGGAUCGGUCGAUGCUUGAGAAGAUAACAGCGAGCGUCUCGAGCGUCGUCGUCGUCGUCGUCGGUGGGAGCGUAGACAAGCGUGAGGGUCGAAGCUAUUGACUUACAGGUUCUUCCCAGGCUCCCCGCUUCUGUUUGAGUUGAUCCAUCGGUUUUUGUUUGGUGCUUCGAUUUUUUUUUUCGGCUGCUGUGAAUUUUCGGUGUGUGACAUUGAGGAGAAUUGUGUACCAGAAGCUUUUGACGGUCGAGCGAGAUAGUGUUUGGUUUGGUGACGGUGGGAAACGAACUGAGCUGAAGAAGAAAAGGAGAAAAAUAAAUAAAUAAAAUAAAUAACAACCCGUGGAUGACGCUUGCAGAGUGUUACAGUUUGGUUUAUGAUUCACCGGAUUGCGGAAGAAUCUCUAGCGAAGAAUACUGAGUGGUGAUAAAAAGUGAAAUUUUAUUCCCAGCAGGGCUCCAAGUAGUGACAUAAAAAUGAAAAAUGUGCCGUUUAAGUGAUUUCAUUCAAGCUUCAAAUGGGAAGAGAGAAAUAAUUUCAAUCAUUUGAUGGUGUGAUGCGAAUGAGGGCUCUAUAAAUCAGUGAAUGCCAUAAAAGAAGAAGAAGAAGAGGAAGAAGAUUGACAAGCAAAGUGAUAAAAUCGAAAAAAAUGGCUCUAGUAAACUACACACUGCCAUUCGGUAGUAUUCAGACCCCUGGUUGGGCAGCGGGUAGCCCCCUCCAUAGUCAGCAUGCAUCGGCUGUAAAUAAUCUGCUGUAUGGACCCGCCGGUCAUCAAGAGGAAGAUCCCAACGAUCACGAGUUCUAUAAAAACAGUCCCUAUUCACCUCCGCAGCAACAGCAACAGCGGAAUGCUCCUCAGCAGAGUGCCCAGUACCGGCAAGCUCCUAGAAACAAUUACCUACCCCCUCCCCAGUCCUAUCCCCAGCAACAACCGAAGCAGCCACAGGUUUACCAACAACCUCAAGCUCAACCUCAACAGCCUUCUAGAACAUAUGGCGAGGGUUCCUACUCGCAAGUUCCUUCUCGAACUGCCACUCAACCGCAGAAUCCUAGCUACUACAACCCGAGUGGUUACAACAACAACAACAACAACCAACAUCAGCACCAGCAGCAACAGCAGCCAUCAAGCUACAAUGUUCCCAACCAACCUUCGAACGUGUAUCGCAAAACUGGCGGAUCUCCACAAGUGCCACUGCCACAAAAAUCCCCACAACCGACACCCCCGCCAAACAGGGUACCGCCGCCUCCGGUGAGCAGCGGUCGUGGCAUCAGCAGCACCUCGGUCGGUAGUGGUAUUCCGGAACGGCCACCCGGGUUCGUCAAGGUGAAUGCUGGCCAGGGCUCGCGAACCCAAGUGCACGCCGUGCUGGACUACGACGACGACGAAGAUGAAUACUACGACGAUGGGGACGGGGCUGGUGGCGGUGGUGGCUCGCGAACUCCUGAUCGGAAAAACUCUCGUAUGCCAACGGUAACACCCAUCCAGGGUCCAAUUUUUCUCAAGAAUGGAACAGUUCCUGUCGUGCCAUUAUUUGCGUAUCCUCAAGUCAGCAACGGAACGUUCGUCCAGAUACCGAUCUGGUGGACGGCCCUAUCGGUAGCGCUUGGUCUCAACGUGCGGGGAGAUGUGAUCAAAGGUGUUCCUUGUGUUAAGAAGUAUCAUCAGCUGUUCUGUCCGACGGCUGGCAACAGUUACCCAAUAGAUAAAAUCGAAACGUUCAUCGAUGAGAAUAAGGCGUUAAUGAAACGGAUGUACGGGGAUUUUGAAAUGUCUUCCCGGUAUCCGCCGUUGCAGCCGAACAGGAAGCGGAAACGUCACGUCCAAGGAAUGGAAGAUGAUUUUACGAUACUGCCGGAUUUGAUGGACUUGUAUGGGGUGCCGGGGUCGUUGAAUGAACCGGAACCAAUUCUCAGCAGCGGAGAUUCGUACUUCGGACGAUUACGGGACAAGAGGCAGAGUACGGGUGGUCGUGCGAAUGGUGGUAGUAGUGGUGCAGGAGGAGGAGGAGGAGGAGGAACAAGUAACGGGGGAAGCGGGAAUGGAAGUGGUUCCCGGUCCAACGGUAGACCGAGUGCGUCGUCGGAUAGCAGUGGAGAGAGUACGGGAAGGGUGGACGCAUGCGAAUCCAAGAUUGAAAUCGUUACACCGUACUGGGCUUCCAACUCGGCGGGAAAAGUACGUGCCAUUGUCAACACCCAACAUUUUGAGCAGGCUAUCCAUCAGGAGGUUUGUUCGAAAACUCAAACAUCUCGCUGUUCCGGGGAUUGUGGAUGCGAGCAAAAGUACAAAUGGCACCGGUUACUGGCCUACGAUCCGGACAACGACUGCAAGGGUAUCUUCAUGGAUUGGUUCCUGUUUCCUUCGUGUUGUGUCUGCCGGUGCAGUCCUUGAGUUCAUUCUUACAGACCACCAAGCAUGUGAGGCAGGGGUGAGAAUGCUCUUAAGAUUAUAGUGCUGUAAUGAUCUAGUGAUAGAUGUAGGAAAAUCGCGAUACCUAUACGAAAGAGAUUCAAUGUUUUAUUUUAAAUUUGUUUUAACUGCUUUAUUUGUAAGAGUCGUUUUAGAAGCCAACUGCAAUUUAAGGUUUGGUAGCUGCGCAUUGAUAGAACAAAAAUUCGCGAACCGUAGCCAAAUUGAAUCAAACUUUUAAUCGAUGUGCUAGUAGUGAAAUCGUUACCUACGUAGAGACAGCUUAAGAUGUUGAAAGAUUCGAUGUAAAAAUUAAGUUAUUUCUUUGUAAAUAAUGUAGAUUAAAUUAUUUCUAC